AUGGCGCUGGCGAAAAAGAAGAUCGCCAUCAUGACCUCGGGAGGUGACUCUCCCGGCAUGAACGGCGUCGUCCGUGCCGUCGUCCGCAUGGCCAUCCACAAGGGCUGCGACGCCUACGCCGUCUACGAAGGCUACGAGGGGCUCGUCCGCGGAGGCGACUACAUCAAGAAGAUGGAGUGGCAAGACGUCCGCGGCUGGCUGUCCGAGGGAGGAACCCUCAUCGGCACCGCACGCUGCAUGGCCUUUUACGAACGAGACGGACGCCGCAAGGCGGCCAAGAACAUGGUCCUCAACGGCAUCGACGCCCUCAUCAUCUGCGGCGGAGACGGUUCCCUGACGGGUGCCGACAAGUUCCGGGCCGAGUGGCCCUCGCUCCUCAAGGAGCUCGUCGAAACGGGCGACCUUUCCCAAGACCAGAUGGCCACCUACAAGCACCUCAACAUCGUCGGCAUCGUCGGCUCCAUCGACAAUGACCUCUCCGGCACCGACGCCACCAUCGGCUGCUACUCGGCCCUCUCGCGCAUCUGCGAGAUGGUCGACUACAUCGAGGCCACGGCCUCGUCGCACUCGCGCGCCUUCGUCAUCGAGGUCAUGGGCCGCCACUGCGGCUGGCUCGCCCUCCUCGCCGGCGUCGCCACGGGCGCCGACUUUGUCUUCAUCCCCGAGCGUCCCCAGGACCACGACUGGCGCACGGACAUGGCUCUCGUCGUGAGAAGGCAUCGCAAGCUGGGCAAGAGAAAGACGAUCGUCAUCGUCGCCGAGGGUGCCCGCGACAAGAACGGCGCCAAGAUAACGUCGGUCGAGAUCAAGGACCUCCUCGCCGACAAGAGCCACGACGGCCUCGGCCUCGACACGCGCAUCACGACGCUCGGACACGUCCAGCGCGGCGGAACCGCCGUCGCCUACGACCGCAUCCUCGCCACCCUCCAGGGCGUCGAGGCCGUCAACGCCGUGCUCGAGGCCUCGCCCGAGACGGAGACGUGCUUCAUCGCCAUCAACGAGAACAAGCUCGUGCGCAAGCCGCUCAUGAAGGCCGUCGAGGAGACCAAGGAGCUCGCCGCCGCCGUCGAGGCCAAGGAGUUCGAGAAGGCCAUGUCGCUGCGAGACACGGAGUUUGCCGAUCAGUACAGGUCGUACCUGACGACGACCAACGUCAUGGUCGACGACCACAAGCUGCCGGAGAAGAAUCGCAUGAAGAUAGGUUUCAUCAACGUCGGCGCUCCCGCCGGCGGCAUGAACGCGGCCGUCCGCGCCGCCGUCGCCUACUGCGUCAGCCGUGGCCACCAGCCCAUGGCCAUCCACAACGGCUUCGCCGGCUUCGCCCGCCACCACGACGACAAGCCGAUCGGCGCCGUCCGUCCCUUCGACUGGCUCGAGGUCGACGGCUGGGCCAGCAAGGGCGGCUCCGAGAUCGGCACCAACCGCGAGCUGCCCUCGGAGUCGGGCAUGGAGCUCAUCGCCAACCUCAUCGAGCAGCACGAGUUCGACGCCCUCUUCAUCGUCGGCGGCUUCGAGGCCUUCCACUCGGUCUCGCAGCUGCGCAAGGCGCGGGACCAGUACCCCUCCCUCUGCAUCCCCAUCUGCCUCCUGCCGGCGACCAUCUCGAACAACGUGCCGGGCACGGAGUACUCGCUCGGCUCCGACACGUGCCUCAACGAGCUCGUCAACUACUGCGACAAGAUCAGGCAGUCGGCCUCGGCCACGCGCCGCCGCGUCUUCGUCAUCGAGACGCAGGGCGGCCGCUCGGGCUACGUCGCGACGCUCAGCGGCCUCAGCGUCGGCGCCGCCGCCGUCUACACGCCCGAGGAGGGCAUCAGCCUCGAGAUGCUGAACUCGGACGUGAUGCACCUCAAGAAGGUCUUCACCAACGACAAGGGCCAGUCGCGCGCCGGCCGGCUGAUCCUCGUCAACGAGAAGGCGAGCAAGGUCUACGACGCGAAGCUCAUUGCGAGCAUCAUCCGCGACGAGGCCCACGAUCGCUUCGAGAGCCGCGAGAGCAUCCCCGGCCACGUCCAGCAGGGCGGCGUCCCGUCGCCCAUGGACCGCUGCCGCGCCGUCCGGCUCGCCAUCAAGUGCAUCCAGCACCUCGAGGACUUUGGCCGCAACGCCCACAACCGGGUCAAGAAGGACCCCAACAGCACCACGGUCAUCGGCAUCCAGGGCUCCGAGGUCGUCUUCACGCCCAUCAAGGUGCUCGAGGAGGAGGGCACCGACUGGCCCAACCGGCGGCCCAAGGUGGCCCACUGGCUCUCGCUCCGCUCCGUCGUCGACGUCCUCGGCGGCAGGCCCGACUAUCCCAAGCCCGAGAAGAGUCUGAAAGGGCUCGUCGCGAAGGACACGAAGCGCGGCAUAGUGUGA